UCCAGUAAGUACAGUGAUCAUCAGGCAUUGCAUACAAACAUAAAUGACUAAUUUCUUCCAUGGCCUUAUCUACAAUAUUCUCUUCUUCAGUCACCUCUCCAUGGCUCUACGAUGUGUUCUUGAGCUUUAGAGGAGAAGAUACCCGUUAUACUUUUACUGCCCAUCUAUACCAUGCUUUGAUUCAAAAGGGAAUCCGUACCUUCGUAGAUGAUGAUGAAGUUAAAAGGGGUGAUGAGAUUUCAACUAAACUCCUCCCAGCCAUAGAAGAUUCAAGGAUUUCCAUCAUUGUAUUCUCAAAAAAUUAUGCAUCCUCAACAUGGUGUUUGGAUGAGUUAGUGAAGAUUCUUGAGUCUAAAAAAUCAAAGCAACAAAUAGUUUUACCUGUGUUUUACCACGUAGAUCCAUCAGAUAUUAGACAUCAAAGAGGAACUUUUGGAGAAGCAUUGGCUAAACAUGCAGAGAAAUUGAAUGGAGACAUGAAGUUUCAGAUGUGGAAGGCAGCCCUACGAGAAGUUGCUAAUUUGUCAGGAGACCAUCUGAUCAGAAAUGGGAACGAAUCUAAAUUCAUUGAUGGAAUCGUUCAAGAGGUAUCAAGAAUAGUAAAUCAUUCAUAUUUACCUGUUGCAAAGUAUCCAGUUGGAUUAGACUCCAAGGUACGAGAUAUCAUGAAAUAUUUGCAUGUAAGCAUUGGGACAAAUGACGUGCGAAUGGUAGGGAUCUUAGGAGUUGGUGGAAUUGGAAAGACAACUCUAGCCAAAUCAAUUUAUAACUCAAUUGAUUUUGCAUUUGAAGCUAGUUGUUUUCUUCCAAUUGAUAGCGACACUGCGAAUCAAGCGUAUCGUUUGGUCCAACUACAAGAGACCCUUCUUUCUAAGAUCUUUGGAGAUUGUAAAAGUUUGAAGGUUGAUAGUAUUGAUACGGGAAGCACUAUGAUAAAGCACAUGCUUCGUUCUAAAAGAGUUCUUCUAAUUCUUGAUGAUGUAGAUCACUUGACCCAACUAGAAACCUUAACAGGAGGUCAUGAUUGGUUUGGUAAAGGAAGUAGAAUCAUAAUCACAACAAGAGAUCAGCACCUAUUGACUACUCAUGGAGUUGAUUCAACAUACAAGAUGACGGGGUUGAAUCACGACGAUGCUUUUGAACUAUUUUGUUGGCAUGCUUUCAAAAGAAAUAAACCGGAUGACGGUUAUGGAGAAUUUGUAGAACAGAUCAUAAAUUAUGCUGGGAGCCUUCCACUAGUUUUGACGGUGCUGGGUUCGGAUUUAUAUGGCAGAAGUAAAAAAGAGUGGGAAAGUGCAUUGGAUCAGUACGGGAAAAUCCCUCACCAAGAUAUUCAGAGAAUACUUCAAACAAGUUACAAUAGAUUAAGUGAAAAUGAAAAGAAUAUUUUUCUUGAUAUCGCUUGUUGUUUUAUUGGAGAUGUAUUUGAUGAUGUCAUUAAGAUACUAGAUAGUUUUGAUUUUUGCCCAAACUUUUGGAUCCCACGACUUAGGGAGAAGUGCCUUAUUUCUGAGCUCAAUGGAAAGUUGCAAAUGCAUGACUUGUUACGAGACAUGGGUAGAGAAGUUGUUCGACAACAAUCACACGAAAAGCCAGGAGCACGUAGCAGAUUGUUUAAUCAUGAAGACGUUCGUGAUGUAUUGGAGGUAGAUACAGGAACAGAGAACGUUCAAGCAAUAGUGGUAGAUUUUCCUGAAGACGAUGACAUGAUACGCUUGAGUUCAAAGGCAUUCAAGAAGAUGAAAAGACUCCGAUUAUUUAGAUGCCGCAAUGCACGGUUUUCUGGAGAACUUAAAUCUCUACCUAAUGGAAUAAGAGUGCUUGAUUGGCCUAAAUGUCCUUUACAAUCUCUCCCACAAUUUCACGGAGACAGACUUGUUAUACUACGAAUGCCCUUUAGUCUAAUCCAGGAGAUACGCUUGGAAUUUAAGAAUCUCAAGGUUAUGGAUUUCCGUGGUUGUGAAUUCAUAACGAAACUCUCGGAUAUUUCAAGUUGCCCAAAUCUGAUGAAAAUAAAUCUUAGCUAUUGUAAAAAUCUAGUUGAAGUUCAUGAUUCUGUUGGAUUAAUCCUUGAUAAGCUUGUUAACUUGAGACUUAAUGGAUGUUUCAAUCUAAAGAGCUUUCCAAGGAGACUCCAAUUGAGAUCUCUGGGAUUCCUUGAUCUUAAUGAUUGCUCAAGCCUUCAAAACUUUCCUGAAAUCGAAUGUGAAAUGGGAAAUUUACGUGAAGUCCACUUAAGGGGCACCGCAAUAGAAGAAUUGCCUUCAUCCAUUGGGUACCUCACUGGGCUUGAAAGUUUAGAGCUAGGUAGCUGCGUAAACCUUAAGCGUCUACCAAGUAGCAUUCAUCAGUUGAGAUCUCUUGGGUGGAUUGAGCUCAACGAUUGUCCAAAUAUUAUAAGUUUUGGGAUGGAGGAGGAGGUGCAUAAUGGACAACCCACAAAUUCAAUCGCUUCUAGUUUUCAUUUAUUUCUUACAAACUCUGGCCUAUCAAAAUCGAAUUUCUUGGGGCCAUUUCAUUUCUUUCCCAAACUGGGCUAUUUGGAACUAUUAGGCAGUGAUAUCGUAAGCAUUCCUUCAAGCAUCAAAACAUAUGUUAGAUUGUGGUAUGUUUCUUUGAAUGAUUGCAAGCAACUUCAAGAAAUUAAAGAGUUUCCACCGAAUCUAAAAGUGGUAAGUGCUAGUGGAUGCAUAUCACUGGAAAGUUUACCAGAAAUAUCAAAAGAAUUCAAUUUCCCACGGCUCGAAUGGAUUGGCUUGGCCGGAUGCUAUAAAGUGAAUAUGGAAAAUUGGAUGUCAAAUCCUGCAUGGAAUCAAGCUGAGAUGAUAUUUCCGGGAAAGAAGAUUCCAGAUUGGUUCAGCCAUUGCAAGGAGAUCACUUCAAAUAGUCAUCGGUGUGAAUUUGAUAUUAAAGUGGCCCCACCGUAUAAUUUGGAUGACAUCAUAGGAAUUGCUCUUUGCGCUGUUAUUGAACCCGUUGCAACUAUUAUUUUGGCAGUUUCAAUCAUGAGAGGAGACACCUGCGCCAGGAAUUAUUGGGAUGCACGUGCAACAUUUGAUGAAAUUGAUUCAGAUCAUGUAUGGUUAAGGUACUUAACUACAGAAGAUAUUACGUGCCUACGAGCUGUGAGUGUAGAUCAGGCAGAUGAUCUGGGGAUUACAUUUGAAAGCAGAGAUCCAAAUUCAAUGAUCUUCAAACGUUGCGGAGUUCAUCUGUUAUACAAACAGCAUGAACAGAAUGCCAAAGAUCAUGCAGGUCAUGUGCCCCAUCAUGAAAAUAUUGAUGUCCAUUUGAAUGCACCCAUUGAAGAUAUUGGAAAUUUAGCAAAUCCAAUGGGUGGAAGUCAGCUUUCUAAGAGGCGUCUUGUUGAUUAUGAUGACUACGAAGAUGAUCACAACAUUGAAUCCAACUUGUACGCACAACAAAGGAAGCCUGCUUCAACCUUGGAAAUCAAAAUUUUUCUGAUUUCAAGUGUAUGGAGGAGCAGUUAUGUAAAGUAGUUAUUUUUAUUUUGUAUUUAACUUAAGCUUCAUAUGAAUGAAAAUAUGAUUAUUUAGCCUGAAA